AUGGUGUUGAACUACGUAAACGAACGACUCCUGGAAUGCGCCGUCUGGUACACCCUCCAUAUCAUCAUCUACUUCAUCUUCUUGGUGGUGCUAUCGGGGCACGUCUACUGGAAGACGCUCACAAAAGCGAUUAUUAUCAGCGUCUUCGUGAUUUUCCUCUUUUUCAUAACCACCGUCAAAGCUGUGAGAAAGGUGCAGAUCGAGGAAAGCUGUUCCGGUUGGGCAGUGGCGGGCCUGGUCCUGAAUUACGCGACAUAUAUCACCACCGGGUGCUACGUUUGGCUGCCGGUCGCCUUCGAGUCCAACGGCUUUCACAUGGAGAUCAAGAACAUCAUCCUGCGCAUCCUGCCGAUAUUGACGAUCAUCUCGGCCUGGGGCAACUUCCUCUACGUCCUUCGAAAGAGCCCCUACGGCAUCUAUAUCUUCAUGAUGGCCCGAAUUUUCUGGUCUUUUGCCAGGGGCCGGAAUACCACAUCAUCGGUUCCGACGCUAAUCAUCGUCGUGCGCGCCAUCGCCAAGACCUCGAUGCGAACACCAUUCGAAACCAAACAAUGGCUGCCAGCCCUGGUCGUUGUCGUCUUCGAGGUCGUGGCCGUGAUUCUGCUCAUGAACCUGAUGGUGUCGCUAGCCGUUGGAGAUGUCAGCGAUCUGAGAGACUCGGCGCUGGAUAUGAUGCUUCAGAUUAAGGUCCACAACGCCGUCCUCGAUGGCGUCAACGUCUUCCGCGUGGAGACCGACUCGGCCUGGUUGGGUGACCCAGAUGAUGGACAUCCAGAUCGUCGUCACCCGCCGUCCAAGCCGAGAGAGAACCCCUUCAACUCCAUCUUCCGCCAGAAGCGUCAAAACUUUGCCGGACUUCCGGCCUGCCCGGACAGCCUGGACCUCCCGGAGCCCCUGGUGACGACAACAAGCAGACCUACGCCCCGCUCACUUGCCCGCCCCAGGACACCGCCUGCAUCAAGUGCCCCCAGGGCCCGCCUGGACCCGCUGGACCCGACGGAAACCAGGGACCUGCCGGCCCGGACGGACAACCUGGACCUGCCGGAAACCCCGGCAACGACGACCAGCCCGGCCCCGCCGGCCCGGCCGGAGAUUCCGGAGCCCCCGGCCAGCCUGGAGGCCCCUGGACAGCCAGGAGCCCCCGGAAAAGAUGGACAACGCGGAAAGGGACAGCCCGGACAGAAGGGACCGGCUGGACAGCCUGGACCACAGGGACAACCUGGACAGAACGGAAACGAUGGACAGCCUGGAGCCCCUGGACCUCAGGGACCCCCCGGCCCGGCCGGCAGCCCCGGAAACGCCGGUGGAGAUGGACAUCCCGGUGGCCCUGGAGGCCCCGGCCUUCCCGGAACGGAUGCCGCCUACUGCCCCUGCCCACCUCGCUCGGCCGUGUUCGUCAACCGCUUCGCCAAGAAGCAC